AUGUCUGAUUUAUUAAAAUUACGAUCUGCUACUUAUUUUCAGUGUCAUACAAGUACAGCAGCUUAUAAUCUAAAAAGAAAAAAGAAAAUAUUAAUUUGUAAUAAUACAAAAAUAUAUGAUAGAUAUGUAAUUGAAAAAGUUGUAAAUGGUGGAAAUUAUGGACAAAUAUAUUUAGCUGUAGAUGAGAAAGCAAACAAAAAAAAUUUAAUUCUAAAAGUUGUUCAUGAAAAUUAUGAACCUGAAUUAUUGAUAAUGGAGAAAGAUAUAUUAAUGAAAUUACGUGGUAAGCCUAAUAUUCCAUUAAUAUUGGCUAGUGGAACAUAUAAAGAUUAUGCAUAUAUAGGAUUAGAACGAUUGGGAAAAAAUAUGUCAGAAAUUAGAAAUUUACAAAAAAACAAAAUAUUUUCUCCAAUUUCUGUUGUAAAAAUUGCUCUUCAAGCUAUGUCAGCUCUGGAACUUUUACACAACAAUGGUUAUUUACAUAGAGAUGUUAAACCAGAAAAUUUAGUAAUUGGUGGUUCAUCAAGUUCAAUAUCAAUAAUUUAUUUAAUUGAUUUUGGAAUGGCAAGAAAAUAUUUGGAUGUUAAUGGAAAAAUUCGACGUACCCGAAAAUCAGUUGGAUUUAGAGGUUCAAUGCGUUAUGUAUCAAUAGAAUUACAUAAACGUUGUAUUGAAUUAGGUGAAGGUGGAUUACCAUGGAAAACAUUUAUAAAUGAAGAUGACAUAUUAGAAAAAAAAUUAACCUCAAAACCACAUGAAUUAUGUACAAAAUUACCUAAAACUUUUGGAGAUUUUGGAUUAAAUAUAGGAAAUGCUCCAUUUUUUGAAAAUGUUAAUUAUCAAAAAUUGUAUAAAAUAUUAAAUUCUACUUUUAGUAAAACUGAAAUGGAUAAACAUUUAUUUGAAUGGGCAAAUCGGGCAUCAAUUUAUACAGCAUUAAAAUCUCGAAGAAUACCAUAA